UAUGACCAUAUUUUGAUUCCUUUUUAUUUUCAUUUUUUUACAUACUCGCUAUUUAUGUGGACCGGGCAUUGGCGGCCUACACGUGUGCCAAAAACAAAAAAUUUAAAAAAAAGAAGAGGUAAAACGCGUGAAGAAAGAAGGCAACAAUCAACCAGCCGACCAAACACCCCUAAAUCAAUUUUCCCACUCUCACUCCUAUUUUCCUCUUGCAAAUUCCAUCAAUUUCUUCUCUUUCUAAUUUACCCCAUGUUACCAAAUCAAACAAUAAUGUCUUCAAUCAAUUUAAUCUUCUCAAUUUUAAAAUUUCAACCAUUUUUUUUAUCCAGAAAAUGGGAUUAUUGUACGAAAUGGUUGCCCGGGGAGCGGUGGUUCUAGCGGAGUAAACGGCGGCUGCUUCAUUGUGAUUGGUUGAAUUUUGGAAGUUUUUGUUGAAUUUAUGUUUUAAUUGAUAGUAUAAUUAAUGAAUUAAUCUGAAGUUAGGGUUUAUUUUUGCUUUAGUGUAUACUUUUAAUGAAUUUUAAAGGUGGGUUUAAUAUUGGGUAUUCAUGAUUAUGUUUAAUUGAAUUUAACUUUUGUUGAUGCAAUUUGGUUGUUCAUCGUUGUGUUUCAUUGUAGUAUUGGUACUUUGGUAGUGUUGGUUAUUUGGUACUUUGAUUUGUUUCAGAAUUAAUUGCUAUAUGAUUGUGAUAAUGUCUUGAAUUGAAUUGCUGAAUUUCUAUGAAUGUGUUGAAUUGCUGAAUUUUUUAUUAAUUCUUUUAAAAAAUCUGUUAAUUUUAAGCUUAAUCUUUUCAAUUUUUUGCUGCUAAAAUUUGCAGUAAUUCUAAAAUUAUUAUUCUUGUUAUGGUAAAAAAGAUAGAUUUAGUCCAUUGAAUGCUAAUGGACUUAUCUUAAAACUAGUUUCCAGUUUCCUUGACUGUUUUUCCAAUCAAAGUUUUCUGUUUUGGCUACCUCUCUGAAAACUGGCAAAUCUGAUGCUGAUUUGUUAGUGAGUUGGUGCUUGGCAAGGCAGUAGGCAAACUCAGCUUAUGUAUUAUGUGGUUUCCUUAUUUAACCGCUCUUGUUUGGCAAAUGAUUGGUUUUUGAAGAAGGCAUUAUUAACCGUAGGGACUGUUUUCCGUGAGCCAAUCUUGUGUAAGAACAUUCCUACGAUUGUUUCUGACAUGCUUUUGGUGAUCAAUAUCGGGCCACCGGCCACUGAUACACUCAUCCCAGGUCCUGGAAAUCUUAAAUUGGUAUUCCUCCCAGAGGAUGGAAACUGGAAAGGAUCAUGAUGUACACAACUUUAAAGGGCCUGGAGUCGCAUUGGCAAUGUAUAACAUUGAUUCGGUAUGUCUUAUUGCUCUAGGCUUUAUGUUGCACACAGAAACAAUGCAGUUCUUCAAUUGCAGCUGCCUCUAAAAUCAGGUGAUCAGUCAUACAUCCAUUUCACCAAAUUGUGCAGCCUUCAUCUUAAAAUUUGAUCUGAAUCCCUUGAAAUUUCAAAAGUAGCCUCAAAUUUGAAGAAUAGCUUCGUGUAAUAAAAAUCCACGAACAUACAAGGAUCAAUCUUUCUUAGCAAAGCGUUGAUAAACUAUCGAAGAAUUGAUUGAGAAUGCUUGAUCAAGUUGUUGAUAGAUUGGCUGCUCGGAGCUUUGCACCAUAGGCUCUUCACUCUUUCAGUCAUCUGUAUAUUAUCAAAAGAAUAUGUUAGUUCAAUUUGCAAAAUAACAGAGUUUUUAGAAACACAGUAUAACAAAAGAAUGGUAAAAACCUUUCUUAAACUCGCUCUUGUUGGAUAUGGUACAGCUCUUAUAUACCCAAUUGAAGCUGGAGGAGGAGAUUUCCUGCUACUUGAUUCUUCUUUAUUAUUACUUGAUACAAUUCUCUUGUUAUUAAAUAAGUGAUACAAUCCAUCUUAUGUACGAUUGUCCACACUGUUACCGAUUGUAAAUGAACAAAGUAAUUCCUAUAACACUAACUGAAUCGCCCUUGUAACA